GUCGGUUGCGGCUGGCAGUGUGCUGUGGUUUUUAUCUGAGAGAGUGCUUUACGGUUUUCCUUUCCUUCCCAGAAUUGUUCGAGAAGAAGAACUAUGAGCUGAGAAUAGCAGGAGGUGCUGUGAGGGAUUUGCUCAGUGGAAUGACACCCCAAGAUGUAGAUUUUGCCACUACAGCUACCCCCGCAGAGAUGAAGGAAAUGUUCACGUCUGCUGGCGUUCGUCUGAUCAAUAACAAGGGAGAAAAACACGGAACCAUUACUGCCAGGCUCCAUGAACAGAAUUUUGAAAUUACUACUCUUAGAAUCGAUGUGGUCACCGACGGACGGCAUGCAGAGGUGGAAUUCACCACUGACUGGGAAAAGGACGCUGAAAGGCGGGAUCUGACUGUCAAUUCCAUGUUUUUAGGUUUGGAUUAGGUGCUGUAUGAUUUUUUUAAUGGGUAUGAAGACUUGAAAAACAAGAAAAUUAGAUUCGUAGGAAAGGCAAGUGAGCGAAUACAAGAAGAUUAUUUACGAAUCCUAAGAUAUUUCAGGUUUUAUGGAAGAAUUGCAGAGAAACCUGGCGAUCACGAACCUAGUACACUGCAGGCAAUUAAAGAAAAUGCCAAAGGUUUGGCUGGAAUAUCAGGAGAAAGGAUUUGGGUGGAGCUGAAAAAGAUUCUUCUUGGAAACCACGUAAAUCAUUUGGUUCGACUUAUGUAUGAGCUGGAUAUCGCCCAGUACGUAGGACUGCCGCUUGAUGGAAAUCUAGGGGAAUUCGACAGAGUCACUACAAACGUUCAAAAUCUGUGUCCAAAACCGAUGACUGUUCUGACAUCACUGUUCAAGGUGAAGGAUGAUGUCACAAACCUUGACCUGAGACUGAAAAUCUCAAAAGAAGAAAAAAACCUUGGCCUUUUUUUAGUGAAGCACCGGCAAGAGUUAACCAAAGCUGCGGGUCCAGAACCACUUAGACCAUACCAGGACUUCAUCAUGGAUUCUAGGGAAGCCAACACAAAUUCCAAGAUCUAUGAGCUUCUGAAAUACCAAGGAGAGGAACAUCUGGUAAGGGAAAUGCAGCAAUGGACUAUUCCUUCUUUCCCUGUUAGCGGCCAUGAUUUAAGAAAAAUGGGUGUAUCUUCUGGAAAAGAAAUUGGAACAGCCUUACAGCAGUUGAGGGACGAAUGGAAGAAGAGUGGCUACCACAUGGAUAAAGAAGAACUGUUGAGUUGCCUGAAGAAGUUGUAA